CAUUAAAAUUUUUUAAUCAUUUUUAAUUAAAUAAAAAAUGUUAGGUUGAACAUUUUUUGUUCUACAAAAAAUUUAUCAUGGUUUCGCAACAAAAUUUCAAGUCAAUUUCAUUUAAAUAAUUUAAAAAAUCAAUGUUUAAUACAAAUUCUGGCAUAAGAUUUUUCUCAUUAUACUACGGCUUAUUAGGUAAUUACAGUUGCAAAGUGUUGAUGGUAGGAGGUGGGACUGGAGGAUGUUGUUUGGCUUCUAAAUUAACCCGAAUUAUAAAAAAACCUCAAUUGAUCCUCUUAGAACCAUCGCCCGACCAUUUUUACCAAGGAUGGUUCACAUUAUGUGGCGCAGGCAUAAAACGAAUGAAAGAUACAUCAAAACCGACUGCCGAAGUUUUACCAAAAAACGUAAUAUGGAUACAAGAUGAAGUCACUGAAUUCCUUCCGGAUAAAAACGCCGUUGUAACAUGUAAAGGAGAUGAAAUAGAAUAUGAUAUUUUAGUUAUAGCGGUGGGAUUGAAGUUGUGUUUUGAUAAGAUAAAAGGUCUCACUGAUGCUUUAGAACAUUAUUAUAACGUUGGUUCAAUUUAUUCGAAACAUUACGCAGAGAAAACUUAUCACGCUUUAGAAAAAUUUAGAGGAGGAAAUUUAAUAUUUACGUUUCCUCAUGGAUUGAUAAAAUGUGCUGGAGCUCCCCUUAAAAUAUGUUUACUUAUGGAGGAUAUUUUAAGAAUAAAAGGUUUACGGAAUAAAGCAAAUAUUUUUUAUAAUACACCAUUUCCUAAAAUAUUCGCCGUAAAACACUACGAAGGAACUCUAGUAAACAUUUGUAAAAAAAGAGAGAUCAACGUAAAUGUGUUAACAAAAUUAAUUGAAGUGAGGCCAGAAAGAAAUGAAGCAGUUUUUACACACGUCAGAACCAACGCUCCAUUCAUUCAAAGGUAUUCAAUUUUACAUGUUACGCCGCCAAUGCAACCACCAGAUGCAAUAACAACAUGUAAAUCGUUGGUAAAUAAGUUUGGUUAUGUCGAAGUGGAUAAAUACACAAUGCAACAUGUUCGGUAUCCUAAUAUUUUUGCUUUUGGAGAUUGUUCAAACACACCUAAUGCGAAAACAGCAGCAGCAUGCGCUGCUCAAGCACCUAUCGUGUACAAAAACAUUCAAUCCGUUUUGAGCGGACAAAAAUGUAAAGCACGAUACAAUGGUUAUGCUUCCUGUCCAAUAGUUACUGGUGUAGGAAAAUGUGUCUUAGCAGAAUUCGAUUACAGUUUUUGUCCUUUAGAAACUUUCCCGUUCUCACAAAAUUGCGAGUCAAAAAUUAUGUACUUUAUGAAAAAGGAAGUGAUACCAUUUUUGUAUUGGAAUGUCAUGUUGAAAGGAUUUUGGAAUGGACCUCAUUUUAUACGUAAACUUCUUCAUUUAGGAUUUAGUGAUUAAAAAAAAUAUUGUGUCAAAAAUAAAAAAGUAUAAUAAUCA